AUUGGUUCAAUGUGUGAGUGCUGUGAUUGGUUCAAUGUGUGAGUGCUGUGAUUGGUGAGCACUCACAUAUUGAGAACUAUGAGGAAAGGGAUGACAGCUGACCACAGGCUGUAGAAGAAGUGUAGGUCGAGAUGCUGGAUUAUGCAGCGCUUCCUGUCUAGAGAGAAAUCACUGAAAAAGGUUGGGAGCUUAAAUGCUUGUUUCUUUGCAAAGAAAGGAUUUCUCGUUGACCUUUAUGAAGCAAGAGAGGAUAUCAGAACAGACAAAACUGUUAGUGGAAGAAGCAUUAAUUUGGCAUUGUCAUACCGAGGUCGGCAAGCUCUCAGAGCUGUUGACUUAGAAGAGAAGAUUGUGACCAAUGGUAUUCCAAUGUAUGCAAGAAUGAUUCAUUCAGUUAAUGGUAAAAAGUAUUCUAUACCCUAUGGGAAACAUGACCAGUAUAUCCUGUCAGUCAACAGAGCAAAUUUAAAUAAAGAACUGCUUAAUGCUGCUGAAAAGUUUUCGAAUGUGAAGUUGCACUUUGAACACAAACUGACUGACUGCAAUGUAGACUCUGGUUCUUUGGUUUUCCAGGGGAAGCAGGGCAUUAUAAAGCAGACACAUGCAGAUUUGAUUGUGGGAUGUGAUGGCGCCUUCUCAUCUGUAAGAAAGCAGUUUAUGAAUAAGAAACGUUUCAAUUACAGCCAUGUGUAUAUUCCUCAUGGAUACAAGGAAUUGACAAUUCCUCCUAAAAAUGGAGAGUUUGCCAUGGAACCUAACUAUUUGCACAUAUGGCCAAGAAAUACAUUUAUGAUGAUUGCAUUACCUAACCUGGAUAAAUCUUUUACAUGUACUCUAUUCAUGCCAUUUGAAGACUUUGAAAAAUGUUGCAAAGCAGAGGAUGUACUGGAUUUCUUCAAGACAUACUUUCCAGACUCUAUAAACUUAAUUGGACCGAACAACUUAAAAAAAGAUUUCUUCCUGUUGCCACCACAAGCCUUGAUCUCUGUCAAGUGCUCAUCAUUUUGCAUGGACAGUAAAUGUGUUCUAAUGGGUGAUGCAGCCCAUGCUGUUGUGCCUUUCUAUGGACAAGGAAUGAAUGCUGGUUUUGAAGAUUGUCAUGUAUUUUCUGAAUUAAUGGAGCAAUGUAGCAAUGAUUUCAAUACCUGUGUCCCUGAAUUUUCUCGACUUAGGGUACCAGAUGCUCAUGCAAUUUCAGACCUGGCUAUGUACAAUUACAAAGAGAUGAGGUCCCAUGUCAAUUCCAAGUGGUUUCUUUAUCGAAAAUACAUAGACAAUUUUCUACACAUGUUAAUGCCCUCCACUUUCAUUCCUCUUUACUCCAUGGUAACAUUCACUAGGAUACGAUACCACAAAGUUGUCCUCCGCUGGAAGUGGCAAAAUAGGGUUAUAAAUGCAGGACUUGUGACAUGUGGAUGCACAAUGACAUGCUGUGGCAUUUACCUGCUAAUAAAAUAUCUACCUCAAAUUAGUAAGAAGGAAACAUUUACACAGCUUGCACUGCACCUUCCAUCAAUUCGGUUCCUUUCCCUGCCAAACUUUGCUUUUACAAAAAGUUCUAAUUAAGAGUAAAGUCACUGUUUUCUUCAAGAAUCAUCCAAAAUAGAAAAGCAACACAAUGGCCAUGUGGGAUCUUGCCUUCAGUCUCCAAACUAGCUAGCUGUAAUACUUAAAAAAAAAAAAAAAAAAUGUUUUCACAUUUGAAAUAAAAUAUUCUGAAAUUGUCAUAACAUCUCUGUUAUUGGUUUAUUAGAUAACAUUGUAAUGGCUCUACUUUAUUAUGCAUGUCAACAGACAGACAAAUAAACAUAAUUACUGUAUAAUAAAAGU